GCAGCAAAGAAAGACCUCGUCUAAGUAGUAAAUAAAAAAAAGGAAAAAUUGUAGCAAAAAGGAAGAAAUGUCUAAAACAUUUAAUAAAUUGACAAGCAUCAUGUUAAAGCUGCAAUGGUCUGUGUACAUCUGGGCGCUUAUUGGACUAAACUGCGUCGACAGCCAACCAGAAUCAAAUGUGGACUAUUUUCAAAUAUUAAAAUAUCCAGCCGAGCACAGUGGAUAUGAAUUUAAUAACAACUCAACGCUUGAAUUGUGCUAUGAUGGCCAUGGUCCAUGUCCCAGUGGUGCUGUUGACUUGCGAACGAGCACUUCCAAGCCUCCCAGCGACACCCACAUCUAUUCUCUAGUGGCAGUAUACAAUGCAAUUCUAUUAAAUAUUCUCGGAAACAUUGCACAACAGAUACGACAAAGCCAGCUUGGUCAGAAGAGCAAAAGACCAAUAAAAGUAUCGACAAGGAGCCAUUCGGCCGUGGCAGAAAUGGAGUCAGAAGCUAAAACUAUGGCAUCAGCCCAGAGGUCACUGCGUGUAUACGUCAAAGGACAACAACGGCCAGAGGAUUUGGAUGAACGAUUUGAUAUAUUGGAGCAACUUAAACUGGAUGAACAAAAUGAACAGCAACAACAGCAGCAGCAGCAAGAACAACAAGGGCUUAAAUUCCAUCUACAAUCUCAGUCAGAAAUGCUACAACAGAUGAAUGAACAGCAACCAGAGUUCUGGGAAGACGUACCCAAAGACCACCAGGGAAAGGCUGACAAGAGGAAACGUCAGAAGAAGAAGAAGAAGAAGAAAAAGAAACCCGCAACAGACAAAAACAAGAAUAGGAAGAAGAAGAAAAACAAGAACCCAACUAAACCCUUGGUGGGACAACCAGCACAUGUUCUGUUUGCCAGUCUAACCAAAAGACCUCAAUUCCAGCAACCGCUUUUGUCCCAGCCAUUGACAACGAGCAAGCCGCAACAUAAUCAUCAUCAGUUCACACCCUUGAAGAAAAUCAAAUACGUACUGCGCAAAAAUACCAUUUUCAAGAAAAAGAAAAAGGAAUAUCUUAAUCACUUGAAACAUGUCCUCUAUCCCUUUGUGAAAUUCAUCGCCUUCUUCACAGUCCUCAAUCCAUUCACACUGGCCGUAUUCCUCUUCGCCCUCAUCUCUCCCGUGGUUUUCGGUUUUAUCGGUUUCAUUGGAUUGAGUUUCCUUAUCAAGCCGGCUCUCAAUUUACUCUUUGGCGUUAAACGUACCGUAAGUUCGAUUAACCGCAAAAAAUUACUUGAAAAAAGGCACAGGGAACGUUUGCGCCAGAGCCGUCGACCCAUAACCAUACACAAGCACUACUAUCAACAGACCCGUUUGCCGGCCCCACACCAUCGCCAGCAGCAUCCACAUACACGUCUCCACCAGCGGCGACCACAGCAUCAGCAACAUCGUCGCCAUCGCCAGUCGAGACAUUUUAAUCCUUUAUUGCCUCAGCUUAAACGUAAAUUUAAAGAGGAUACAUUUGUGGUUGGUUCAAAUUUUUUCUAUUAG